AUGUCUGAAACCACUAAACCAGAUUCAGAAAAUAAGUCGUCAAAGUCCUUGAAGUGUAAUGUUAAGAACAUGAUAUUACUUCAACAAGCCUUACAGAAAGAUGUAUUAUCUACGUGGCCGUUAAAGAAACCUUUUUCUUCAUUACGAGAUCUGCAUUUGGACAAGAACAAUUUCUGGUCUGCUAUUAAACAUGAGAAUAACGAACGAUUGCAAAAGACUGCAGAGAAAGUUCUACAAGGAAAGCCAGUUAAUGUGGUUGUUUAUGGGGGAUCAAACACUGCUGGCGGGGGUCUACAGGAGGAUGAAAAGAGUAUAAAAGGAAGGUUUCCUAUUAUAUUACAAAGCUGGUGGGAUAGCGUAAUCACACCAGCGACUGGAUCGCGUUUGAAUAUCAAAAUCAUUGGUAUUGGUGGAACAUCAAGCAGUUACUAUCAGUUUUGCUAUAAAGUUUAUCUACAUCAUAAUAACAUUGAUCUCGUAAUACUAGAUUCAUCGGUCAACGACAGAGUAGCACUAAGAUUCAAAAAUUCGACCAACAUCAAUCAAAGUUUACCAUUAGAACAAUUUACACGACAACUACUUAAUGACCAUAAUAACCCUGCA